CCCUGGCUCGACCAACAACAGAAAAAAGCAAUGGCGGGGGAUCUUUCAACGGAGCUUCUUUUUCUAGAUACGUUUAAACACCAGAGUGCAGAGCUAACCAACGUUGAUGUGGUGCGGUUUCCUUGUGGGGUGCUGAUCACAGAAGUGCGGGUCAUCCCUCCAGGAAUCAAAGCUCACAGCAACCUACCAGACAGCAGAGCGUUUGGGGAGACAUCUCCUCACGCCUUCCAGUUGGAGCUGUUUUUCAAUAAUCUCACCAAAUCCAACAGCCCCACCUUCCACAGACUGGGCAGUCUAGAGUAUGAUGAGAACAAGUCCAUCGUAUUCCGACCCAAUGGAAAGGUGAACACCGACGGCCUUGUGCUGCGUGGAUGGUACACCAGUCUGACUGUGGCAGUAUAUGGUACAGCAGAACGCUCACAUGGACAUGGCCAAGACUCGCCCCCUCCUCCACCACCUCCACCCCCCCAACAGCCAAGUGGGCCCAAGAGGAUUGUUAAACAAGAGUGGGAAAAAGAUGAUCAAUACAACGGGAGCCCACCUAGACCAGCACCCAGAGGGCCUCGUACUCCACCUGGACCACCACCUCCAGAUGAUGAUGAUGAGGAGCAGGUCCAAGUGACAGUGGGUGUGGUCAAAGACGAGCCGGGCGAGGGCCGUGAUGACUACCUAGAGGCCGUUUCACCUGAGAGAUCGCUGCCUGCUGAUGAGCCAUACUCUGAUGCUGAACAAGAGGAAGAAGGCGAUGAGGAGGAAGAGGAGGAGCAGGAGGAGGAGGAAGAUGCAAGGACAGAGGGGAGUGCUCCUGAGGAGGAGGAGGAAGAAGAGGAGGAGGAAGAUGAGGGUGAGGACGAGGAAGAGGAGAUGGAGGAAGGUGAUGAUGGUUAUGAGCAGAUUUCCAGUGAUGAAGAUGAUCUGGAUAAUGGUAGCUUCAAGUUGCCCACCUUUGACAUGGACUACACUCCUGAGGACCUGGCAUCAGUCCCACCCGUCCAGUUUGACCCCUAUGAGCGAGAACUCAGACCCCUGCUCUACUUCACCCCUCCGUACAAGACUCGUUUUGAUAUCCAGCUUGAAAAGUCCAGUGUGGAGGAGCCAAGGGAUGCUGGUGAUACUAAAGAGCUGCCAGGUGGAGAGGAAGCUGAGGCUGUUGCCCAAGUGAAAGAGCUUCUAGCGAGCGUUGGUGAGGAACGAGAUGCUCGCUGGGUCACUGCUCUGGAAGAGGUACCUGGACUUCUGGCCAAAGGGUUGGCGUAUUUAAUUAAACAGGGAGAGGGUGAGGAGGAGGAUUUGGUUAGAGUCUUAGUCAAGUGGACUCUCCAAGCUCUGAGUAUGGAGAUUGCUCUCACACAACCCAUUGCUCUUAACCUCAGACAAUUGAAAGCAGGUGCCAAGCUAGCAUCAUACCUGGCAGAUUGUCCACAGGGACUCACCGUGCUGCUGUGUGAAGGUGCCCUGGGCGUGCUACUGGAGCUGCUCCACACCAACCAUGUGUCUUCCACUCUGAAGCUGAGUAUCCUGAGAGCUCUGGACGCUUUGAUUAGCACUCCUGCUGGGGUGGAAGCAUUCCUACACACAGGAGAGUCGGAGAAGAGUGGUUAUCAGCAUCUUGUCCAGCUAUUCCUGCGUGAAGAAACAGUGAGGGUCAUAACUGCUGGCAACGCCAUUAUACAGAAAAGUCACAUGUAUGAGGUACUGGUUGACCUACAGCAUACAGCAUCAGCAUGGAGUGAAACACAGCAGGAGGACAUAGAAGAUGCUGAGAACGCCAUGGAGGAGGAACCGUCACUGAACUCGCCUCCUGUGAGCGAAGCAGAGCUUGAUAGGUUGACAGGAGUUUUGGAGGAGUUACAUCACCUGCUAGAGACCGCCUCUCACUGUAUGGUGCAGCCACCUGGAAAAGCCUUCCCAACCACUGCAAGAAUAACAGGACCACAAGAGAGAGAUGAUCCAUAUCCAGCACUGUAUCGGUACAUGCAUACUUGCCAUUUCUUGGAGAGCACAACUGUGGUGCUGUCUGCAGCUGCAGCAGCUGGGCACGUAGGUGUCACUCAGGCUGUUCGAGAGCUCCUGCGCUUCCUGUCGCUCACUCAGCCAGGUCUGCUCUUUCUCGUCGCCCAGCCUGCUCCCACCAACCUGCUGCUGCGUCUUCUGGCAUCAAUGGCAGAGGCCGAGGGGGAGGAGAGUGCGUUUACAGGAGGAGAGGGAACUCUCACUGGGCCCGGGUUUGGUGAAGAGGGCUUUGCUGUGUGGCUUAUGCAGGCGCUGCAUGCUCUGCAAGGUGUGUCUGAGCUGAUGAGCCAUGUAGCGGCAGGAGGAGAGGGGGGAGCUGGACUCGAGGAAGGUGACAAUGCAGAGGUACUGGGCAUGCUCCAUGCGCUUUAUCUGAUGACCUUCACUCAGACUGGUCGCAGUGCUGUGUCCCACGUUUUUAGCCUGGACAACAACCUCUCGUGUCUGGUUACCCUGCUUCAGCACCACAGCAAAGAUGGGCAGAGUGAAGCAAAGGCUCGCAAAGCAGUGACGUAUAAUUAUGCCUGUAUGCUGGUGUUACUGGUGGUGCAGAGCUCUCUUGAUCUGCGGAUGAUGGAGCAGUUCGCUUCUCCACUUCUUUCCUUAGCCAAGGCUGAUGAAACCAAUGCCAAAUUACAGGAGCUCAAUAAAUGGCUGGAACCUCUGGAGAAACUUCGCUUUGAGAUUGGCAGCAUUCCGACCCUCCUUGAUUACAUAAAGCGGAAUGUGGAAAACGUGUUGACUGCUGAUGGAACUGGACUCGUAACUGCACUCAGGUGCCUCUGUCAUAUUGGCUGCCCCCCUCCUGCUGUGGAAGGUCAGCAGAAGGAUCUUAAGUGGAGUCUUGCAGGGGUCCAACUGUUCUCAGGCGAAGGUCUGGACACUUGUGUGCAUGUGCUUCAAAAGCUGUGCAGCAUUUUGCUGCAGCCAUGGCGUGUACAUGGACACAUGGGCCCCACGCCGCAGAGAUGCAUGAUCCUCAGUAUUUGUAUCAGCACUCUCAGGUUGUUGCGGACUAUGCUGACAGAGCUACUCCGUGGAGGCGCUUUUCAGUUCAGGGACACUCGUGUGGCCAGCGUGCUGGUGACUCUCCACAUGAUUGUUUGCUCCAUCCCUGCAUCAGGUCGUCUGGACGGGGAGGAAACCAGAGUGCAGGCAUUUAUUGUUGAUGUGCUGCUCACCUUCACACAGGGUGUCAGCGAACAGGUGACUCAUACAGAAGAGACUCUGGCCAGUAACACUUGGUCACUGAUGCUGAAAGAGGUGUUGAACUCACUGCUCAAAGCCCCUGAAGGUUUGUUCUCUGGCCUGACACUGCUGUCCGAGCUCCUGCCUCUUCCACUGCCAAUGCAAAGCACUCAGGUGAUAUCAGUCCAAGAUGUGGCUGUAGCCCUUAACACAAGGAAGCUGUGGAGCAUGCACAUUCGGGCACAGUGGAAAGUGUUUUCAGAAGCACUGAAGUGUGUGUGUGCAACCACCUGCCCUCCUCUCUUAGCUAUGCUCAGGAGAGUGUGUGUUCAACUGGCAGACCUGUCUUCACUCACUGCAACACUCACUAUGAAGACCCUGGUGGAACUGCUGCUGGAGGAACUGCAGCCGGUGGAAGGUAAAAAUGUGUGCUGGGCCCAGACACUACGCCUGCUCUCUUUGAUGGACACCCUGGUGUCACAGAGAGCUUGUAAGAGCGCAGCAUUGCACCUGCUCUCUGGGUCUGUGUCUGGAGAUGAACAACUGGCUGAACUGUUCCCCUUGCUUCUGUCCCUGUUGAUUCCUCCAACUGACCACUGCUCACAACAGCAGCAAUGCAGUGAACUAGUGGGUACAAUAUUUCAGUCACUGUGUGACCAGGACAUUUCUUUAGUGGUUUCUCCACCUAGUGAAAGCUGUGUGUCUGAGGCUGAACAGCUGGCAAAUGCACUUCCGGGACGAGACAUGAUGUCAUCGGUUUGCAAUUCUUUGCUGGAGGUUUUGGGCAAUGAUGAGAGCAGCGUCCCACUCCUCCUCACCUGCAUCAGGACUUUAACAUUCCUCUCAGAGCAUGACUAUGGACUCUACCAUGUGAAAUUUGCACUGAAGAAACAUGGCACAGGACUGUGUGCUCUGUUAAAGAGGCUGGUUUUGUCAUUCAACAAGGACUCAGCGGAUCUACUCUCUGCUCUGCUCGACUUCCUCAGACAGAUUCUCAACACAGACGCAAUGAGUGUUGAGGAGGGUCUGAGAUCUGGUGAAGAGUCCUCCUUCUCUACUGCUCCACGUUUGUGGCUGUCGGGCUUUGAGAUGAAAGCUCUGCUGCACUGGGAGGAGUCUGAGUCACAUCCUCUUCAAACUUUGGAGAAAGAGAUCACAAAACUAUGCAAGGAAGACGAAUCACUGGAGGCCAUAUUGGAAAAUGUGAUUGUUCUUAGGCAGACACUGGAAACGGCUACUGACACUCCACCAGCAGCUGAGACUGAGCCCACUCUGCCGCCAGCUGAGACACUCGGGGCUCAGUUCAACCACAGAACUGUGUUUAUUCUGUCGGAGGCUCUUGAUGAGCACCUGAAGGCUCUGUGGUUUUCUCCCUUUCAAACUGAUGACAUAGAAACAGACCUUGAUGUGGUGAAGGUGGAUCUGGUGGGUUUGGCUCAGGAGUGUUGUCCAGAACUGGACCUAAAGGCUGAGCUGGAGCGCUCCUUCCUGUCCGAACCUUCUUCUCCUGGACAUACCAAAGCUACAAAAGGCUUCAGACUGGGCAAACACAAGCAUGAGACAUUCAUUACAUCCAGUGGUAAAUCGGACUACAUUGAGCCUGCUAAAAGAGCUCACAUUAUGGCUGCUCCAAGAGGUCGAGGAGGCCGCGGAGGCUUUGGGCAAAAUCUCUGCCGUCCCCACGAUAUCUUCCGCCAGCGCAAACAGAACACUUCUCGUCCUCCCAGUAUGCAUGUGGAUGAUUUUGUGGCAGCAGAGUUUAAGGACAUCACGACCCCACUUGGGCUUUUGCCCCCAAAACGGUUGCCAAAGAGUUCACCCAAACCUCCCACCAGAGGACUGUUCACAGGCAACAGAGGCAGAGCCACGUUCCACAGCCAGACUCGCUUUUUCACUCCACCACAACCUAAAGGUGUAUUGCUCUCUGGUAACUACGCUCGUCGAGAUGGUGGCAGAGGAGGUUCAUCUUGGAGCGGCCAAGUUCCAGCUGUCACUCACAGAGGAACCUACAGUGAACCCAGAGGAGGCCAGAGCAACUUCACCCGUGGACCACUGCCUUCCAGGCAACCCCCAGCAAGUGCAUAUCGUCUGGCUCCUAGAGACCGUGCUCCACGGGGCAGAGGAGGCACCGGGCUGUCGUGGCCCAGCGGAGGAGCCGGAGGUGGCGGUGCUGGUGGAGGAGGCGGAGGAGGAGGCAGAGGAUCUCAGGGGAGCAAGUUCAGUGGAGGAGGUGGGAGUGGUGGUGGGAGGGGCAGACAUGUUCGCUCCUUUACCAGGUAAAUAUACCUGGGCAAUGACUACAGCCUGUCAUGGCAACAAAUGGACCAAUCAGGAUAACAUAUAUGCUGUCUCCAUGGAAACAUGGAGGGACAGUGUUGUCACAAUGACAUACAGACUCUGUGUUGAUGUUUUAUGUUUUGUUAUGAGUUGUAUUCGGAGAAUAAAGGUGAUAGUAACUGA